GACGCUUUUGACACACCACGCAGGUACGCAGGGUGGGGCAUGAGGUUAAUAUCAGUGAUGUUUUAAUUUCAGUGAAGUGAUUUGAUUGCCCAGACCGAUUAGGCAAUUUGUGUUGCUAAAAUAUAAGCUUGGGAAAUGAGGGCGAUCGUAUUUAUUGUUUCAUUUUGCACUUUUUGCUAUGCAGAUGUUUGCAUUUACCCAUUAAUCAAUGAGCAAACAAAAAUGACUGCCACAUCAUCUAUGCCUGGUAGAGGUGCAGAGAAUGCCCGAUUACUUGGCGGAAGUGCAUGGACAGCAAAAAAUCAGGACUUCAGCCAAUUCCUCACACUGGAUCUUGGCGACAUCAUGAACGUGACCGGUAUAGCCACCCAGGGUCGAAAUUCUCCUAAAGAAUAUGUGAUGGAAUAUGGAAUCAGCUACGGCUCCAAUGGGCUCGAUUAUGCAGACUACCGUGAAGUCGACGGCAGUACAAAGAUGUUCAAGGGCAACACGGACGGCGAUGGGAUCCGGCGGAACCGCUUCGAAACCCCCAUCAUCGCUCAGUACAUACGCAUUAAUCCCACCCGUUGGAAUGAUCGUAUCGCCAUGCGAGUCGAGCUUUAUGGCUGUCCCUAUGUGGCUGAUGUACUCUACUUUAAUGGAACGGCUCUGCUCCAACGCAAUUUGGAAAACGACCCUAUUACGUCGCGACGGGACAGCAUUCAGCUUCGCUUUCGUACCAAUCGAGCUGACGGAGUGCUACUUUACAGCCGAGGCAGCCAAGGCGACAUUUUUGCCUUGCAGCUGGUUAAUAAUAGAAUGCUGCUUAAUAUUGACUUGGGCGCUGGUCUAUUGACUAGCCUCUCAGUUGGCAGCUUGUUGGAUGAUAAUCUUUGGCACGAUGUUCGAAUCCUCCGCAAUCGUCGUGAAGUAGUCUUCACUGUUGACCGCGUCAUGAUCCGCGAAAAAGUCAAGGGUGACUAUGCCCAGCUGGACCUUAACCACAACCUGUACAUCGGAGGCGUGCCCAACGUUCAAGAAGGCCUUGUCGUGACGCAAAACUUCACCGGAUGUAUUGAGAAUAUGUAUUUAAACUACACCAACGUCAUCCAAGCUGUCAAGGAUUACCGUCAUGAAGACUAUUACAAAUACCAACGAGUUCAGGCACUGAGCUCAUGUCCCCAGGAACCUAUCGUGCCAAUAACUUUCUUGACUGCCAACUCUUAUGCCAAACUGCCUGGAUAUGAAGGAGUUAGCUCGCUUAACUUAUCUUUAGACUUCCGUACGUUCGAGGAAAAUGGGCUCCUUGCCUACCAUCGUUUCACUUCACCCGGCUUUGUCAAACUUUUUAUCGAAACUGGCAAAAUUAAAGUUGAAAUUGCUGCAGAAAAUGUACCUAAAGUGACCCUUGACAACUUUGGAACGGAUCUCCUUAAUGACGGUCGUUGGCAUCGAGUCAUCUUGACGCUUGCUACCAAUUCCAUGGUGUUGAGCGUUGAUGGUCGACCAAUGAAAACGGUGCGCCUCAUGUCCUUCCGAACCGGUUCAAACUACUUAAUUGGUGGUGGCGUUCCUGGCACUGCUGGAUUCAUCGGUUGCAUGCGUCAAAUUAACGUCGAUGGGCAUUACAAGAGCCCUCUCAACUGGAAAGAUGAAGAGUUUUGCUGUAAAGGCGAAAUGGUGUUUGACGCCUGCCAGAUGAUUGAUCGCUGCAACCCUAAUCCAUGUGAGCACGGCGGAGUAUGCAAGCAAACAUCUGAAGAAUUCUAUUGUGACUGCGCUGGAACGGGUUAUGCCGGAGCUGUUUGUCACAUGUCGGCUAAUUCGGUCUCGUGUGAAAGUUUCCGACAAUCUGGAGCCAACGCCAGCCCAGUCGAUAUCAACAUCGAUGUGGACGGAAGCGGCCCACUACGCGCCUUCCCUGUCACUUGCGAGUUUUUCAGUGACGGCCGAACCUACACCUAUGUUGGACACAAGAACGAUCAAACAACUGCCGUCAACGGAUUUGAAGCUCCAGGCAGCUUCGUUCAAGACAUCUCCUAUAAUGCUGAUGUCGAUCAAAUGGAAAUUUUGAUGAACCGUUCCUACACUUGUCGCCAGCGACUCCGUUACGAAUGCCGCCGGUCUCGUUUGCUUAACACACCUUCACCGGAAACGCAAGAAUUCAGACCCUUCAGCUGGUGGAUGUCGAGGCAGAACCAGCGAAUGGAUUACUGGGCUGGCGCCUUACCUGGUUCCCGCAAAUGUGAAUGCGGUAUCCGUGGAAGUUGCGUCGAUCGCACGAAGUGGUGCAACUGCGACGCUGCGUUGGAAACAUGGACGGCCGAUGAAGGAGAAAUUUUAGACAAGGAAUAUCUUCCUGUCCGCCAAUUACGAUUCGGAGAUACUGGCACUCCCCUCGACGACAAGGAAGGAAAAUAUACUUUAGGUCCCUUGCUUUGCGAAGGUGACGUAUUGUAUGACAACGUCGUAACUUUCCGAGUGGCUGAUGCCACCAUCGACUUUCCCACCUUUGAUAUGGGUCAUAGUGGUGAUUUGACGUUUGAAUUCAAGACCACCGUGCAAAAUGCCGUUUUGAUUCACAGCAAAGGACCGAACGAUUUUAUCAAAGUGUCCAUCUCCGGUGGUGACACAUUGCAGUUUGAGUAUCAAGCUGGAUCUGGAGCUCGUACUGUAACUGUUGAAACAUCGAACAAGUUGAGCGACAACCAGUGGCAUUCCGUUUCUAUCGAACGUAAUCGCAAGGAAGCUCGAAUGAUUGUUGAUGGAGCCCUUAAGUCACAAAUACGAGAGCCUCCUGGACCGAUCAGAGCAAUGCUUUUGACUUCUCCCCUUGUAAUCGGUGCCACCGUGGACUACCGCGAUGGUUUUGUGGGCUGCAUGCGCGGUCUCAUGGUUAACGGGCGGCAUUUGGACAUGAGGGCGGCUGCCCUGGCUGGCCUUUAUGGUAUUGGCAUCGGUUGCACUGGGAAAUGCGACAGCAAUCCGUGUCUUAACAAUGGAACAUGCCAUGAAAAGUACGACAGCUACAUUUGCGAUUGUCGGUUCACAUCAUUCAAGGGUCCUAUUUGCGCUGAUGAAAUUGGCGUUAACAUGCAGAGCAAUUACAUGAUUCAAUACGAUUUUGCUGGAUCAUAUAAAUCGACUCUCGCUGAAAAGAUCCGCGUCGGAUUCACCACCACCGAUCCUAAGGGCAUUCUUAUGGGUCUUUAUUCUGACAUCAGCAAAGAAUAUUUGACGCUGCAAGUGUCGAAUAGUGGCCAUCUGCGUCUGGUCUUCGACUUUGGAUUUGAACGUCGUGAAAUUAUCUUUGAAGACCAGAAUUUCGCUACUGGUCAGUUCCACGACGUACGUAUCCGACGAGAAGAGUCAGGCACUCGGGUUGUUAUGGAAGUAGACAGUUACGAACCCCGUUCCUUUACAUACAAAAUUAAUCCUUCAGCCGAUGCCCAGUUUAACAAUAUCCAACACCUUUACCUGGGUCGCAACAGAACCAUGACAGAGGGCUUCAUUGGUUGCAUUUCUCGUGUUGAGUUCGAUGAUAUCUAUCCACUCAAGUGGUUGUUCCAGCAAAAUCCACCUCCCAACAUCAAGAAAGAGCCCAGCUCCAUUUCGGAAGACUUUUGCGGUAUUGAGCCUGUCACCAACCCACCGGAUGUUCGUGAGACCCGACCCCCGCCUAUUGUAGAUGAAGAUAAACUCCAGGAAUUUUAUCCACCAGCACAUUCAGCUAUUUUGGGCGCCAUUCUGGCUGUCCUCUUCAUUGCACUUGUCUGUAUGGCUAUUCUAAUCGGACGUUACAUGUCCCGUCAUAAGGGCGACUACGUUACGCAAGAAGACAAGGGUGCAGAGUACGCGCCCGACGAGCACUUUGCCGUCAUGCACGCUGCUACUGGCCAUCAAGUCCAACAGAAGAAGGAAAUUUUUAUCUAGGCCGUCGGUAUCAUUUGGAAGAAAGCAACAAUAAAGCGAAGAAUAACAUUUGCGUCAGUUUUGUUAUCUUGGUUGACUUUUCCGUCCUUUUCUGUGAAUCUCACGUGCAGUUUUCCCCAUUUUUUUAAGCCAUCACGUUUUAUUACAUUUACAUUUCCCCCAUAUGAUUGUGAUCGCUAGUUCGAUUUUCUUAUCUUUUACAUUACAGUAGUGUGUAUGUCCAUUACAUUGUCGGAGAUGAGGAAAUAGAAUUCUUUUGUUACCGA